GCGCCGCAGGAGCCGGUGGGCGGGAGCGCGUCCCGGUGCCCGGCGGCUGUGUCUGGUGCUUGCGCCCGUGGGUCACGGGCCAGGCCGGGCAGUGCGGGCCCGGGCUGCCAGGCCCUGGCAGACGCUGGUCGCUACGCUGCUGGGAAGAGAAGGGCGAGAGGCGGGAGUUGGCGGUGAAUCGCGAUGCCAAGCUCUGUUCUAGAUGCAGCUGCCGGAUAGACGGUGAACGAUGAGCAGCAUUGCCAGAAGCCUUUUGAAAUCGGUCAGACACGGGCGGGCCGUGUGUCUGAGGAGCAGAAGCUCUGCUGGCCGUGGAGAACAGCACCUUCGGCAGCUGGUGCUGGGAAUCGAGACGAGCUGCGAUGACACCGGCGCUGCCGUGGUGGACGGCGCUGGCAAUGUGCUGGGAGAGGCCCUGCACUGCCAAAAGGAAGUCCAUUUACAGGCUGUGUCACAGCCUGUGUCUAAUGUCCAGACUUCAGGGGAUCUCUACUCGCAGACUUGGAGGCUGGCAUCUUCCCAGCUUGAGGGGAGAAGAACAGGUGGAAUAAUUCCUGUGGUGGCACAGCAGCUUCACAGAGAAAACAUUGAGCAAGUGGUACAAGAUGCUCUUAGUGCCAGUGGAGUUUCUGUAGCUGAGCUGGCAGCCGUUGCCACUACAGUGAAACCAGGCCUGGCUCUCAGCCUUGAAGUGGGGCUGCGGUACAGCCUGGAUCUGGUGAACAGGUACCGGAAGCCAUUCAUACCCAUCCAUCACAUGGAGGCUCAUGCUCUGACCGUCAGACUGACUCAUCACGUGGAGUUUCCCUUCUUGGUUCUUCUGCUCUCUGGAGGUCACUGCCUUUUGGCAGUAGCACAAGGGGUGUCAGAUUUCCUUCUGCUUGGACAGUCCAUUGAUAUAGCACCGGGUGACAUGCUGGAUAAGGUAGCAAGAAGACUGUCUUUGAGAAAGCACCCAGAGUGCCACGGCAUGGCUGGAGGGAAGGCAAUAGAGCAUUUGGCUCAGAGUGGAAACAGGCAUCAGCAUACAUUUAGGCUUCCCAUGCAACAGUACCGGAACUGUGACUUCUCUUUCUCUGGCCUUCAGAACCUUGUCAAUAAAGCCAUCACAGAAAAAGAAAAAGAAGAAGGUAUUGAAGAGGGUGAGAUCCUCUCCUGUGUGCAGGAUAUUGCUGCUGCUGUACAGCAUGUGGUGGCCGUUCACAUUUUCCAGCGGACGUAUCGGGCCAUGCUGUUCUGCAUGAAAAACAGCAUACUGUCAGCGAAAAAUGCAGCUUUGGUUGUAUCAGGAGGAGUUGCAAGCAAUCAUUACAUCCGAAAAGGUCUGCAGGCUCUAGCAGAUGCAAGUGAUUUUGCUUUUCUGUGCCCUCCUCCGAGACUGUGCACCGAUAACGGCGUUAUGAUCGCGUGGAAUGGCAUUGAAAGGUUACGUGCAGGCCUUGGUGUUCUACACAGUACUGACAGCAUCCGCUAUGAACCCAGAGCUCCCCUCGGGGUCGAUAUUUCAAAGAGAGUUGAAGAAGAUUCCAUCAAGAUGCCAAAACUCAAAAAGAAGAUAAGGUGGUUGGCAUCAUAAAGAGCAACAUAGUCAAAUAAAAGCAAUUAUAAACUGUUAAUAUUUUUUUUUUAAUCUGUGUUGUUACAUUUCCUGACAUAUUUGCUUUGCAAGUGUUGAAAAUCACUUGCCAGAGAAAUAAGUGCUGUGUGGCAUUGCUACAACACUUCCAGUUCCACAAAUGUCCAAGUUUUCUAGAUGCUAAUAAUUCAAAGUGCAAUUACUAAUAAACAUGUACAGUGUAAACAGUG